UACAGGAAGCGAAACAGAUUUCAAAAGUGUUUCAAUGUACCGAUUUUUAUUGUUUAUUUCUUCCACAAAUCCUCAUUUUACCGAGUAAAGCUAUGCAGACGUGGAGUCUCGUAUCAAUUUGCGUGUUGCUUUCCAUUAUUGCGAGAUGGGGAGUUUCGCUAAAUUCAUAUUCAGGGGCGGGGAAACCUCCCAUGUUCGGCGAUUAUGAAGCUCAGAGGCACUGGCAAGAAGUGACCUACAACCUCCCCAUUCAGGAAUGGUACUUCAAUACUACAAACAAUGACUUGAACUACUGGGGUCUUGACUAUCCUCCCCUCACUGCUUACCACAGCUGGAUCUGUGCUUAUCUAGCCAAAACAAUAAACCCUGAAUGGGUGGAACUCCACAAGUCCAGAGGUUAUGAAAGUACACAGCACAAGCUAUUCAUGAGAACUACAGUGUUAGUUGCAGAUUUGUUGAUAUACAUCCCUGCAGUGGUUUUAUACUGUUUAUACCUGACUGAUGGAUCCUCUAAGAAAAAGGUUUCCGUUAUGUUCUGCUUUCUACUGUACCCAGGAUUAAUUCUCAUUGACUACGGACAUUUCCAGUACAACGGAGUGAGCCUGGGUUUUGCCCUGUGGGGGAUUCUGGCUUUGGGUCUGGGCUGGGAUGUGUUGGGCUCCAUGGCUUUCUCUCUGGCUCUCAACUACAAACAGAUGGAGCUGUACCAUGCUUUGCCUUUCUUCUGUUACCUUCUGGGAAAGUGCAUCAAAACGGGCCUGAUGGGCCGAGGGCUUUUCUUGCUGGUGAGGGUUGGUGUAACAGUGUUGGCGACUUUUGCCCUCUGCUGGUUGCCCUUCCUGGCUGAACCCAGCCAGGCCAUGCAGGUGGUCAGGAGGAUUUUUCCCGUGGCUCGGGGUCUGUUUGAGGAUAAAGUGGCCAACACAUGGUGCAGCCUGAACACCCUGAUAAAGAUCAGAUCCAUUUUGCCAGGUGACUCUCAGCUCUACCUCAGUCUUGCCUGCACUCUCCUGGCGGUUCUACCUUCCUGUAUCAGGCUAUUAACAAAACCAACCUUCUGGCACUUUAAACUGGCUUUGGUCAAUUCAUCCCUGGCGUUCUUCCUCUUCUCCUUUCAAGUCCAUGAGAAGUCCAUCCUUUUGGCUGCCUUGCCUGCCUGUCUCCUGCUGAAUGACCUCCCCUUGAUGGCCCUUUGGUUCCUACAGGCCUCGACAUUCAGCAUGCUUCCUUUGUUCCUGAAGGACGGCCUGCUGGUGCCCUACAUUGUGACCUCUUUGGGCUUCCUCUUCUUCAGCAUUUAUUUACUGUCUGCACUGGAUCACUGUUCAGAGGAUAAACUGAGACUGGGAGCUUACAACAAGCUGUUUUAUUGGGUACUGAAGAUGGACCUGGCCUUUAUAGUGAGAUGGAAGUUCUACAUCAGCAUUGCAGCCAUGGUUGGCCUGAGCAUCGCAGCCGCAGUUCUGAUCGCUCCGCUCCAUCUGCCCGACUUGUUCCCAGUCUUAAUAUCUACUACAGCUUUCCUGCAUUUUUUGGGAACUUUUAUACAUUUCAACGUGAUUCAGUUCAGUGAGCCUCCCAGCAGAAAGAGCCAGAAGAAGAGCAACUAAGUCACACCACAGGUGAAGGUGUUGAUCUGAUUUUACACCAGUGAAGUCAACCUUACCCACUGAGGUAUAUCUGCUUUUAAAGUGCAUGAGGCCUUUUACCCAUGCCUUUGUGUACAAAAUACAAAAUAAUAAAAUAAUAAGUGCUCAUUAAAGAGUUGGAUAAAUGGCAUUUCAGAAGAAUUGUGACAUGAAAUGAAAGGAAAUUAUGGUAUUUUUCAAUGUGGACCAAUGAAUUUAGUGCAAUUCAAAGACAAAUCUUCCAUGUUGUCAAGGUCACGAAAUGUAUUUUGGCUAAAAAUGAUGUAGGUUCAUGUGAAAUUAACCUACCUUGUUGAAUUAUUUGCUCAGACUACUCAUAAAUUACCAAAAAAAUACACAAUUCCUGGCUAACCUGGCAUUGUAUGGCCUAUACUGACUUAUAGGCCUGUAUGCCUUGGCCACAGGAGGUAGACACAAUAACAUAAACACCUGCUGUAAUGUUUCCUUUUCAUGGGGACCAGAAGUGUUGGUCUAAUUUUAUGGCAACUAUUGACACCAAAGUUUGUGGUCAUGUGUAAUCAUAUUAUGAACAGUUUCUGUUAUUUUAUCCACAUUAUGUCCUUGAGGUGGUGGUAAAGAUACACCUGAUGUGCUGCACUCAGGCCUGCCAAUGCUGAUAUCCACCCAUUCAUGUGAACUUUUUAUUGAAGUUCAUCGAACUGUUUUUUCACUGUACAU